UUUUCCGGUCGCCGAAAUGGGUAUUGAUAUCAACCACAAGUACGAUCGCAAGGUUCGCAGAACCGAACCCAAAUCCCAGGAUGUUUACCUACGCUUGCUCGUCAAGUUGUACCGUUUCCUGCAACGCCGUACAAACAAGAAGUUCAACCGUAUCGUUCUGAAGCGUUUGUUCAUGAGCAAAAUCAAUCGGCCACCAAUGUCGCUGCAGCGCAUCGCUCGCUUCCACAAGGUCGCCAAGCAGCCCGAGUCCACUGUUGUGGUCGUUGGUACCGUUACCGAUGAUGCCCGCCUUUUGGUGGUCCCCAAGAUGUCGGUGUGCGCCCUGCACGUCACCCAGACGGCUCGCGAGCGCAUCCUGAAGGCUGGCGGUGAGGUUAUGACCUUCGACCAGUUGGCUCUGCGUUCGCCCACCGGCAAGAACACUCUGCUCUUGCAAGGCAGACGUACUGCUCGCACUGCCUGCAAGCACUUUGGCAAGGCACCUGGUGUGCCACACUCGCACACGCGCCCCUAUGUGCGCUCUAAGGGACGCAAGUUUGAACGUGCUCGUGGUCGUCGUUCCAGCUGCGGUUACAAGAAGUAAACAAACAGCGAGUGAAACAGUUGGACGGACGCUUUUUGGUUAAGAUGAAACACAUUUGUCAAAAGGAUAAGAUUGCGCUAAUCGUGGCAAUAAAGAUAUUUUAUUCCAAAAAGUGAAA